GCAAGCAAUACACACCACCACCACCACCACCACCACCACCACUACAAACUCCUUGAAAGGAAAGUCAACCACCGCCCCUUCUUCUUCUUCUUCGAAAAAAAAAAAAGGAAGUCGAUAAUUUCCUCCACAAACGAUAUUUAGAAGGAAAAAUCAAUACAAAAGGAACUACUGGCGACUUCUAUACUAGAAACCGAACUGAUGGAUUAAUGGCAAAGGGUACGAGUCAUAUUGAAAGGCCACAAGAGUCGACAUCAUUUAACGAUAACGGUCCAGAAAUAUCAAGACCACUCUCCACUGCGACUUCCAUCUCUUCAUCUUCUUCAUUUGGUCCCAGAAUUACACGAUCAUCCGCGCGGCAAGCUGCCAACUCUUCAGAAUCAUCGGCCGGUUCUUCUGCUUCUGCGACUGCAGCAACUGCAGCAGUAGCUCCUCCAGGUCGCUCUUCAGCCCCAUCACGAAAGCGUAAAGCUACUGUGCGGGAACCAAGUCCCGCUCUGGAACCUGAACCCAUAAAGGCAACUCCAUCCAAGCGUUCAAAGCGUCAGAAGGUCUCGGAACCCGAAGUCCCAACACCCGCUCCUGCUUCAGCCGCAUCUUCUCGUCGAAAGAACGCAAAAGCUCCUGCGGUUAUGUCUAGUCAUAGGAAAGUUAAGACCCAUUUGGAUCAAGGUCUAGUGUCUAACAAUAUAUACAGUGAUUCUGCUGGUCCUUCCAAUGAACCAUCAAACACGGCAGCCAGUUCCUCCAGGCGCAAGUCUAAUAGAAACCAUAAGAAAGGUGGGCCAGACGCCUCAAGCAGCACCCCAAGCUCGAGUAAAAAGUCGAAGAAAUCCGCCACUGCUGCUAAGGAUGCAGAUACUACAAUGAAAGAUGCAGAUGAUAAGCCUCCCCCACAUCCACUCGAUGACGAUGAUCCCAGCGAUGAGAAUGAUGACGAUGAUAUUCCUCGAGACUACGAUGGCGGUGAUGAUGAUGAUGACGAUCCAUUUGGUGGCUUUGGUGGACCUGGUGGACCACCCCAUGGGUUAUCGAGCACUCUGCGAGCUUUGAGUGGCAUGAUGUCUGGAGUUUCUUCUCGAUUGCGCGACAUUUUGACACAAUUGAAGAAAAAAGAUGACCCAUCCAUUCAAUUGAUAGCUUUACAAGAACUUUCUGAGAUACUACUUGUUUCUACCGAAGACAAUCUUUCCGGCCACUUUUCUCCGGAUGCCUUUGUCAAAGAACUGGUGGUUUUGAUGCAACCUGCUGACUUCGGAUUUGGGGAGGCAAAUCCUGAGAUAAUGCUCCUUGCAUGUCGAUGCAUUGCCAAUUUGAUGGAAGCUUUACCUGCAAGCACUGCUAACGUUGUCUACGGUGGCGCUGUCCCAGUUCUCUGCCAGAGCAUUUUAGAAUUAACCUUCAUUGAUAUAGCUGAACAGGCUUUAAGUACGUUGGAAAAAAUAUCUAUUGAAUAUCCAGCAUCAAUUGUCCGCGAGGGAGGAUUGACAGGUUGCCUAACAAACCUUGACUUCCAUAACACAAACACACAAAGAACUGCGGUCACUACUGCUGCAAAUUGCUGCAGAAAUAUUCCAGAGGAUUCCUUCAACGUAGUCAAGGAUGUCAUGCCCAAUUUGCUAAGCGUUUUCAAUUCUAACGAUCAGAAAGUCGUGGAGCAGGGCUCGCUCUGUGUAACUCGGAUUGUGGAGAGCUUCAGGUACCAUCCAAGCAAGCUUGAGGAGCUCGUCAGCCCCGAUUUACUACGAGUUAUUCUUCGUCUUUUGCUCCCUGGAUCUACCAAUCUCAUUGGUGCUAAUAUUCAUACACAGUUUCUUCGCGUUCUUGCUUUCACAGCAAAGGCGAGUCCUAAACUGUCCGCCGAACUCUUCAAAAUGAACGUUGUUGAAACAUUAUAUCAAAUUUUGACUGGUGUUUCGCCACCCAGCGCCACAGAGGAUGUAGCAUCAAAGAUUGACAGCGUUGUGAUCAUGCAAGCAUUGAUCCACAGACCACGAGAACAGGUUAUCGAGACUCUGAAUGUUAUAUGUGAGCUUUUGCCUGGAAUUCCACGAAGUGGCAAUUCAAUGUUCGACGAUGAUAUUGACACCGAAUCUCCAUCGGGAGCAACAAAUGCAUCAUCUGGUUCAAGAAAAAAGUCUGCGAACGAGAUUCGUAUUGAACUCUUGGAGGACUGUAGAGAAGAGGUCAAGAGAUUUGCAAUCAUUCUCUUUCCAACCUUAACGGAUGCGUUCUCUAGCACCGUCAAUCUUCACGUUCGCCAAAAGGUCCUUAAUGCUCAGCUCAGAAUGCUUUCCAAUCUUGAUAAAGAUAUUUUGAUGGAGGCUUUAAGAUCAGUUCCAUAUGCAUCCUUUUUAGCUGCAAUUCUCUCACAACAAGAUCACCCCAGCUUAGUGGUCUCGGCACUUCAAGCUACGGAGCUGCUUCUAGUUAGCCUUGAAGACAUAUAUCGUUACCAAUUUUACAGAGAGGGAGUAAUUGCGGAAAUUACUAAGCUAGCCACUAUCGAGGAAACCAAGACUGAAAACAAACACCCGUCUGCGGAAACAAUUGAGUCUAAGCCUACUACCGCGCAAGCCGAUGCAGAUCGCAAAAUAUCUGAAAAGGCGGGUCAAAAUGGAGAGGCUCGUAACGAAGAUCACAACUCUUCAGACGAAGACAACGAAGACAACGAGAAUAACGAGGACGAAAUGGAUAAUGAAAUUGGACAUAACGAUGAUUUACAAGAUGAUGUAACAGCUUCUCCGGUCAGCUCUCGUGGCUCUACAAUGUCAUUGGACGGUCUUCAUCGACAUGCAUCAUCAGAUCCAAAGACUAUGAUGCAUAUCAUUGCCGCCCGCGCCCAAAAGUUUCUUGACAUCCAUGAGAAUGAGAAGAAUAGUAAGGCCAUGAAGAAGAAGGCAACCAAAAUCUUGACGAGUUUACAAUCUCUCGCUUCGGACAUUAGAAAUUUCUAUCUGCAUCAAGGCCCAGGCAAUGGAGUUGAGCUUUUCACCACACUCGCAUCAUAUUUCGAUGGCGAUGUUUUACAAAGUGUUACAAGUGCCGAGUUAUUGAAUUCCGAAAUAGUCCAAGUUCUAUUGGAAGUUUUCAAUAAUCCCGACGAGCAGCUGGCCAAUGAUGCUAGGUCUGCGUUCCUCGAAGUCUUCAUGGGCCAAACUCUUACUAAGAAGUCAAUCACUGGAACAGAUAUGCCUGCAACUCCAUUUGGUCUUCUUAUCCACAAAUUACAAGAUUUGUUGAGCCGAUCAGAACAUUUUGAAGUAGUGACCGUUCAUUCAAAUAGCUUUGAAGGAAAUAGGAGUAGUGCUGCGUCUAUGCUUGCUAAACAAAUUCGUCUCAAGCUAGUAGCUGAUGAAGACUCCGAAAUUCCAAGAUCGUACCGAAAUAUCAUGGUUUCUAUUCAUGCUAUCGCUACUUUCAAGGCUUUGGAUGAUUACCUUCGUCCCAGAAUCAGCUUGUCUGACCGUCCUCGGCCACCUAGAGCUAGAGAUGGCCUUUCUGGUGCAUUAGCUGCUCUUGCUGCAGCUGGCUUGCCCAAUCCAUAUGCCGGUAUUCCGAGUGCCCAGGCACGUCUCGCUGCAGCCGCAGCCGCAGCAAAUCCAACCGCAUCUACCACCCGCACUUCUCGUAGGGCAAAAUCAAAGUCUGGUCCCGCCCCAACCCCUGCAUCGGCCGACCAAUCGACCUCGAAUACACCUGUAGAUAAACCUGCUCGGCGUUCGGCUCGACGUUCGGGAGCUCAAACAGAUCCACCUCCGCCACCUCCUCCACCACCCAUGCAAGAAGAGGAUGCACUUGCUACCGCCCUCGAGUGUGCUGAUGAGAGACAGAUGAGUGAGGAUGAGGAGUUAGAAGAUAGCUCGGCACUGGACGCCAUUGUCGGCGACAUGGAAGAAGAAAUGGAAGAGGAUUCCCCUGUUGAUCCUACAGCUGUAAAUCUUGAGGUCGCUGCAGGUGGCAAGGUCACAGCUCGUAAGGAAGACGGCACAAGAGUCGCGACUCCAUCACAAUCUUUACCAAGCACUUCCCGCAGUAGCUCUGCACUCCAGGCAGCUGUUGCCCAAGAGGCAUUGUCCACACCAACCACAUCGUCCAGACCUAUGUCUUAUGCAGCUGCAAUCCAAGCUGUUCCGUCAGAUUGGCACAUUGAGUUCAGUUUGGAUGGCAAAGCAAUUGCUAAUGAUACAACUAUUUACCGCGCUGUUCAUACAAUGGCCAACACGGUGGAAGAUCAAUCAAGUCGAAGUGUUUGGUCCGCGAUUCACCCCAUUAAAUUUAAGCGUGUUCCAGGGCCACCCCCUCCAGAACCUAGCUCUCUAUCCCGGGCAUCAGAGGCCAGUACAGAAACUACGGCGUCUGGCAUUCCCGCAUCGCUAGAUAAGCAUCCUGCAACGUCCUCAAUCCUUCGAUUACUUAACAUUCUACACGCUCUCAAUGCCAACCUAGACGAUGUUUUGGCUGAUAAUAAGGAUGCCUUGAAAUUAAAUGCUGAGCCUUUAUCACAAUUCGUGAACACUAAGCUCACUGCAAAGUUGAACAGACAACUUGAAGAACCUCUUGUGGUUGCCAGUAACUGUCUUCCAACUUGGAGCGAAGAUCUUGCUCGACUUUAUCCGUUCUUGUUUCCUUUCGAGACACGUCAUCUAUUCCUGCAGUCAACUUCUUUUGGCUAUGCUCGUUCAAUGACUAGAUGGCAAAAUGCCCAAUCUGCUGACGAAUCUCGCCGGGACCGUCAUCGCGAUGAACGUCCUUUCCUAGGUAGGCUUCAACGCCAGAAAGUCCGGAUAUCUAGAUCCAAGAUUUUGGAAUCAGCCUUGAAAGUCAUGGAGCUUUAUGGUGCAUCUCAGAGUAUUCUAGAGGUUGAGUACUUUGAAGAGGUUGGAACUGGUCUCGGGCCAACACUUGAAUUUUAUUCCUCGGUCUCGAAAGAGUUCUCCAAGAAGAAGCUCAAGUUGUGGCGCGAGAAUGACAACGAUACCGAUGAGUAUGCAUUCGGUGUCCGAGGCCUUUUCCCAGCACCUAUGAGCGAAGAACAAUCAUUGAAUGAGAAUGGAAAGAGAAUUUUACACCUAUUCAAGAUGCUCGGCAAGUUUGUUUCCAGGUCUAUGAUCGACUCUCGCAUUAUCGACGUUUCUUUCAAUCCAACAUUCUUCCGCAUUGGCGACGAAUCAAAUCCUGUGACUCCCUCUCUUGGUACGGUCAAAACUGUCGACCCUCAAUUGGCUAAGUCCCUCAAGAUGAUAAAGAAGUUCUCUGUUGCAAAGAAGGCUAUCGCCGAGGACUCGAGUUUGACAGCUACUCAGAAAGUCCUUGCUACAGAAGCCCUGGAGAUCGAUGGAGCUAAGAUUGAAGAUCUCAGUCUGGACUUUACACUUCCGGGAUAUGCCAUUGAUCUUCUUCCCGAUGGCUCUUCAAUAUCUGUCACUAUUGACAACGUUGAUCUCUACCUUGAGAAAGUUAUUGAUAUGACUUUGGGAAGUGGUGUUCAAAAACAAAUCGAUGCAUUCCGUGAAGGCUUCACUCAAGUCUUCCCAUACUCUGCUUUGAGAGCCUUCACCCCCGAUGAGUUGGUUAUGUUGUUUGGCAGAGUUGAAGAGGAUUGGUCUCUUGAAACUUUGACCGAUUCUAUCAAAGCAGACCACGGCUUCCAUAUGGACAGCAAGAGUGUGAAGAACUUGCUCCAGACAAUGAGUGAGCUCAGUCUGCCAGAUCGUCGGGACUUCCUUCAAUUCACAACUGGAAGCCCAAAACUCCCCAUUGGUGGCUUCAAGAGUCUUACACCAAUGUUCACUGUGGUUUGUAAACCUAGUGAACCACCCUACUCUUCCGAUGACUAUUUACCAAGUGUCAUGACAUGUGUCAACUAUCUCAAAUUGCCCGACUAUACUGAUCUAGAUGUCAUGCGAAGACGUAUGAGUACUGCCAUUAGGGAAGGACAGGGAGCUUUCCAUCUGUCAUAGGGCGUGUGUUAAUGGCGAAAAUUGAACUGAAUCCGGCGUGCAUUAGGUCUAGUCGAACAUGGAAUAAAAUUUCGGGUAUUUAUUCUCAUUGGAGGAUGAACAAAAACUGGGGGAUUUGGUGGUUUUGCUUACUUUUGAGCCAAACCAGUAUGUAUUCACGAGCUAUUUUUUGCAAUUGUUUCUUUCUUCUUUCAUCAGCCAGAUUCAUUUUCUUCUUCAUUCCUUCUAUCUACUUACGUUUUUGUAAUGGAAGUUCAAGAAGAGAGAAAGGAGUCAAAUUGCAUGGGUGGGUUGUUUGGGCGCAUAGUUUGUAAACCGGUUUCUCCUGUCCGGAACUUGAAGGGGAAUGGUUUGCAAAUAUGACUGGAAUGGACUGGUGGACAGGAUGGGAUGGAAUUUUAGCUUUUUAUUAGGUAGCCUUACUUCUACAAAUACUACUUUGCAAACACUAGUCUUGAGAUUAGAUAUUAGGUAGAUGAAUUGAUCCACUCGUAUGUUAAUAA